AUGAUUAGUAUCUGCACAUGGAACAUUAGAGGGCUUAAUGACCCCUCUAAGGUUUCUAAGGUGAGAAGGGUGGUCAACACUCAUAAUAUUAAAGUCAUUGCCAUUCUAGAAACAAGGGUGAAAAGUAGGAAAUAUGCUGCAGUACUGAACAAGUUUGGUAGGCAGUGGAGCUGGGAUAAUAAUUACAGUUGUAGUGAUAAGGGGAGGAUUUGGAUUGGCUGGAUCCCUGGUUCAGUCACCAUCAAGGUUGAACACACUCAUGAACAAUACAUUCAUUGUGAAGUUCAUAAUCAGAAAGGGGACUUUGAGUUCUUUUUUACUGCCAUCUAUGGUUUACACACCAUUCAAGAUAGGAAGAAGUUGUGGGAUGAGGUGAGAGUUCUCAAUGCCAGCAUUGGUAAUGUCCCUUGGAUUCUUUCUGGUGAUUUUAACACCAUGCUUGAUAUUCAUGAUAGAGUUAAUGGAGCCCCUGUGACAUUGGCAGAAAUAAAGGAUUUUUCAGAUGUGGUUGAUCAAUGCGUCCUCUCUGAACUCAAGAGUAGAGGGCACUUUUUUUCUUGGCACAAGGGUGGUGAUGGAAACAAAAUUGCUAGCAGAAUUGAUAGGUGUUUGGGUAAUGCUGAAUGGAUGAGCCAGAAAGGAGCUGUUUGCACAGAAUAUCUGAAUCCUGGGUUAUCAGAUCACAGUCCUAUCUUAAUCACUUGCCUUACUGAAGAGAAAGGAGGUGGAAGACCAUUUAAAUUUCUUAAUUACCUAGCUGACCAUGCUGAGUUUGUACCUGCUGUUGAGUAUUGUUGGAAGCAGGAUUGCAAGGGGACUGCCAUGUUUUCAGUUUGGUCUAGGCUGAAGCUUAUCAAGAAUAAGCUUAAGCAACUUCAUCAUAGAGAUUUUCAGGGGAUCCAUGAUAGAAUUGAUCAAGCUAGACAACAACUGGAGGUUGUUCAAGCCCAUCUCCAAAGUCAAGUUGCUGAUUCCUCUCUUCUGGUGAAGGAGCAAGAAUGCUCUGCUGCUCUUAGGAAAUGGCUAAAACUUGAAGAAUCUGCUCUAAAACAGAAAGCCAGGCUUCAUUGGCUUCAAUAA